UGUUUCAUCAAUUUGUUUUUUAUUUUCAAAUAUCAGCUAGAUAAUUCUUGAUUGAAAACUUAUAAAUGAUUUUUUUUUUGGUCGUACAUAAAUUGUUGAACUACUAAGUUUAGCUAAUGCAGGAGCUUCGUGUGUUUACUUAUGUAAGAUGAUAUAAUAUAUCUGAUUUUCCAUGUUUCAUCUUCUUGUUACUCAUCAUAAGUGACUGCUGGCCAACCAUAAAUUAUUGAUUGCAGGGACUUAUGGAGGAAAUCAAUGUUGUCUUAAGUAGAAAGGAGGAUGAAGAAGAUUUAACUAAUGAACUAACACGAAUUGAUAUCAUCAAAUGUAUACAGUCGGAAAAAGUUAGAUUUCGAGGUGUUAAACUUUCUGGCCUUGAUCUUUCAAAACUGGAUUUGUCUUAUGUGGACUUCACCCAUGCUUGUCUUAGAGAUGUAUUCUUCUCACGUGCAAACCUACGGUGUGCCAAGUUCCGGAAUGUGGAUGCUGAGGGUGCGAUCUUUCAUAAUGCAAUUUUGCAAGAAUGUGAAUUUACAGGGGCCAAUCUGCGCGGAGCUUUAUUAGCUGGUGCUAAUCUUAAGAGUGCAAACCUACAAGAUGCAUGUUUAAUUGGUAGUAGUUUCUGCCAGGCUGACCUCCGAUCUGCACACUUACAGAAUGCCGAUCUUACUAAUGCCAAUUUAGAAGGAGCUAUACUAGAAGGAGCCAACUUGAAGGUAAAUAUUAAUAGCUUUAAGGUAAAUAUUAUUAAACUGUGUUUGUAUUUAUGCAUUUUGGCUUUCAUAUAUUAGUCAUAUGAUAUUUACCCUCUUGUGCAUGUACAGUGCA